GACAAUCACCAAGUUAUUGCAACGUUGAAAACAUAAAAACAAAUACAAAUUAAUUUUUUUCCUCCAAAUAUAUACUUUGUACUUUACUUCUUUGCUGAGUUUACGAAAUGGGUUGUGACGGUGGUACUAUUCCCAGACGCGAUGAAUUGGUUCGUGUCAAAAAGAAGCCAGAGCAGAAAGACAAGGACUCUGAAAGAGAAUUCCGUUGGCUACACUGUGCUUUGACCCAACAACGGCUACAGGAGCCCAUAGUAAUGUGUGGGCUGGGGCGUUUGUAUUCCAAACAGAAUGUAUUAGAACGUCUUCUGGAAAAGGAGUCAAUGCCCGAAAUUGCAAAGCACAUAAAAAGCAUGAAAGAUAUCAAACAGUUAAAUCUAACUCCCAAUCCAGCCUUUACAGAGGAAGACAAAACUGAGGGUCUACUGGACGCCAGACAUGCUCCAUACAUAUGCAAAUUGAUUGGCCUGGAAAUGUCAGGCAAGUUUCGUUUUGUUGGCAUUUGGUCAUGUGGUUGUGUUAUGUCUGAGAGAGCAUUAAAAGAAAUCAAAGGUAGCUCCUCGGGUGGGGCAUGUCCUGUAUGCCAACAACCUUUUGGUGUUGAGGAUGUGAUAAUACUCAAUGGCAAUGAGGAUGAUCUUGAAAUGAUGCAAGCGAAAAUAGAAAUGCGUCAAGCCAAAAGAAAAGCCAACAAAAAGGAGAAAAAGGAAAAGAAGGAUAAGGACAUAAAAAUCGAGAUUAACUCGGAAGUUGGCAAAGAUGACAUGCCCUCGACAAGUAAAUCAAGUACAAACUCAAACACAACCACGACAAGCAGUUUGAAAUCCAAGGUGGUGGCAAAUCCCAAACGUUUAGGAGCCACUUCGGAAGCUAUGCAAGAUCCUGAGUUAAAACGUUUAAAAACCGAUUAUAGUGUGGCAAAAGAUCCUAAAGCUUCGGAUGUAUACAAAUCUUUGUUUACAUCGCAUAAAAAUGACAAGGAACAAACACGUGCCCAUUGGGUUACAUAUAAUCCAUUUUACAAUUGAUGAACUUGUUACGUAUAGCAAAAUAGAUAAGAAUUACAAUAAUUAUAAAUAUAGAAUGUAUGACAAGUAUUUAAAUGAUACAAAGCAUAGAACAGCUGAUUGAACUAUGAAAGGAGAAAUGUCUAUUCCAAUGGAAGAACUAAGAAAUGGAAAGAUGCGGUUGUAA